AUUUCACAAUAGUUUUUCAUUCAUUAAUCUUCCCCCAAGAACAACAGAAACAAAUGGAACCUUUGCAAAAUGGCCUAAACCUAUUCGUCAGCAACAAACCUUCUGAGUUGCCUCACUCGAACGGGUCAAUUCACCUUAACUCGGUAUCUGAAACUAAGGAUUUCAGCGACAUGGAUCCUUCUCGAGCUUUUGUUAACAAGGUCAAGCGUCUGAUUGUAAAGGUUGGUACAGCUGUUGUUACUCGAAGUGAUGGAAGAUUAGCACUUGGAAGACUUGGAGCUCUCUGUGAACAGCUUAAAGAACUAAACACUCAAGGGUAUGAAGUUAUAUUGGUGACUUCAGGUGCUGUUGGUGUUGGCCGGCAAAGACUUAGAUAUCGCAGAUUGGCCAAUAGCAGUUUUUCUGAUCUUCAAAAGCCACAAGGUGAGCUUGAUGGAAAAGCGUGUGCUGCUGUUGGGCAGAGUAGUCUCAUGGCUCUCUAUGAUACUAUGUUUAGCCAGCUUGAUGUGACUUCUUCCCAACUUCUUGUGAAUGAUGGAUUCUUUAGGGAUGUAGGUUUCAGAAAACAACUGUCGGACACAGUGAACUCAUUACUAGAUUUAAGGGUUAUCCCCAUUUUCAAUGAAAAUGAUGCUGUUAGUACCAGGAAGGCACCAUAUGAGGAUUCUUCUGGUAUUUUCUGGGACAAUGACAGUUUGGCUGGUCUAUUAGCUCUUGAACUGAAAGCUGACCUCCUUGUUUUAUUGAGUGAUGUUGAGGGCCUUUAUAGUGGUCCUCCAAGUGACCCUAACUCAAAGUUAAUUCAUACAUAUGUAAAAGAGAAACAUCAAGCAGAAAUCACUUUUGGAGACAAGUCAAGAUUGGGAAGAGGGGGUAUGACUGCUAAAGUUAAUGCUGCUGUUUGUGCUGCUUAUGCUGGCAUCCCUGUGAUUAUAACUAGUGGCUAUGCUACAAACAACAUCAUACGAGUGCUUCAAGGGGAAAAAAUAGGUACUGUGUUUCAUAAAGAUGCUCAUUUGUGGACCAACAUAAAGGAAGUGAGUGCGCAUGAAAUGGCAGUUGCAGCACGUGAUGGUUCUAGAAGACUUCAGGUCUUAAAAUCUGAAGAAAGGAGGAAAAUAUUGUUAGCAAUGGCUGAUGCACUGGAGAAAAAUGAGAAUAUGAUAAGGCUUGAGAAUCAGGCUGAUGUUGCUGAUGCUGAGGAAGCUGGAUAUGAAAAAUCUCUGAUAUCACGUUUAACCCUAAAACCUGAGAAGAUCUCUAGUCUUGCAAAGUCUGUACGCAUGCUGGCAGAUAUGGAAGAACCAGUUGGUCAGAUUUUAAAGAGAACUGAGCUAGUAGAUAAACUCAUCCUGGAGAAAAUAUCUUGUCCUCUGGGUGUUGUCCUGGUUAUAUUUGAGUCUCGACCCGAUGCCCUUGUUCAGAUAGCUGCAUUGGCAAUUCGAAGUGGGAAUGGUUUACUGCUUAAAGGUGGAAAGGAAGCGCGACGAUCAAAUGCUGUCUUACACAAGGUCAUUACUUCAGUCAUGCCAAAAACUGUCGGUGACAAACUAAUUGGGCUUGUGACUUCAAGAGAAGAAAUUCCAGAUCUACUCAAGCUUGAUGAUGUGAUAGAUCUUGUGGUCCCUAGAGGAAGUAAUAAGCUUGUUUCUCAAAUCAAGGAUUCAACAAAAAUUCCUGUUCUUGGUCAUGCUGAUGGAAUUUGUCAUGUUUAUGUUGACAAGUCUGCUGAUAUUGAUAUGGCAAAGCAGAUUGUUAGAGAUGCAAAGACUGAUUAUCCUGCAGCCUGCAACGCAAUGGAAACUCUUCUAGUACACAAGAAUCUGUCAAGUAAUGGUGGACUUGAUCAGCUUGUCCUUGAACUCCAACGUGAAGGUGUUCAACUUUAUGGUGGACCAAGAGCCAGUGCCUUUCUGAAUAUUGCUGAAACGAGCUCUUUUCAUCAUGAGUAUAGCUCACUUGCUUGCACAGUUGAAAUUGUAGAAGAUGUAUUUGCUGCCAUUGACCACAUAAAUCAUCAUGGAAGUGCUCAUACUGAAUGCAUUGUUACAGAGGACCGUGAAGUUGCUGAGACUUUUUUAUCUCAAGUUGACAGUGCUGCUGUAUUACACAAUGCAAGUACACGGUUUUGUGAUGGAGCACGCUUUGGGCUUGGCGCAGAGGUUGGAAUAAGUACAAGUCGAAUUCAUGCUCGAGGUCCUGUAGGAGUUGAGGGAUUGUUGACAAACAGAUGGAUAUUGAGAGGGAGUGGGCAAGUAGUAGAUGGUGAUCGAGGGGUCAAUUAUACUCACAAAGAACUGCCACUAAAAGCAUAGCUUUUUAUGCAGAAAUUAGUUCGAGUUCAUGCUAAUAUGCUCACCUUAUCAAAGCCACAACUUUUUUCUGUUCAAUUUUAAUAUACAGAAGGUUGCUGAGAUGCUGGCUAUGUAUAAUUGUUAUCUAUCAUUUUCCCCUUUCAAGAGCCUUUUUCAUACAUGGAGCAAGUUCAAGGGGGAGAAAAUAAUCAUAUGAAGUGUUAUUAUUAUUCCAGUAUGCACUUUGUUGCUCUUUCAUAAAAUAUCCCAAGAUUGUAAAACAGCAUAGCUGUGACAGUCAUAAAUGUAUUUACUACAUCCUUGUGAAGUUGAAUAAUAUGGAGUUAUUCUGAGAGUUAUUAUUUUAGAGAA